UGCUUUGGAUUCUUUCCUGAAUCUCCGCCGCUCUCUGUGCACUCUAAAAUCUUACCCUGUCUCUCUGUCUUCAGGCUUCCCUCUUCAACCUCAGCGACGAAAACCUAGCCAUGAUGCCGACUUAAACGUUGUGGGGAACCGUCUCUGCAAAAAUCUGUCUAGAGUUUUUUUGUUUUUGGAAUUUAUCGUGUUGGGUUCUAAAGAUGAGGAAGAUGAAGAAAAACCAUCUUGAAUGUGGAGUUCUAGACAUUCUUUUUGUAGUUUUGAUCUCUUCAGUGUUUAUUCCUGUAAAGUCCCAGACAAACUCAGUAGAUGUUACAGCGAUGAUGGCUUUGAAGCAGAGUUUGAACCCUCCGAAAUCCCUUGGAUGGACUGACCCAGAUCCUUGUCAAUGGAAAAAUGUGGGCUGCACAGAUGCAAGGAUAACCCGCAUUCAAAUUGGAAACCAGGGUCUCUCAGGUACUCUUCCUUCUAAUCUUCAAAAUCUCGUCGCCCUGCAACGAUUGGAGUUAAUGGAUAACAAUAUCACUGGUCCUCUACCAAGUUUGAGUGGGUUGGGUUCGUUACAGUUUUUGCUUCUUAGUAAUAACCAGUUCUCUUCCAUACCGGCGGAUUUCUUUAACGGGCUUUCAUCGCUUCAAGCUGCUGAGUUAGAUAAGAAUCCCUUUUCAGCAUGGGAGAUUCCGGACAGUCUUCAGAAUGCGACGAGCCUUGCGAAUUUCUCUGCAAAUUCAGCCAACAUUACAGGAAAGAUUCCUGAUUUCGUUGGGGUAAAUGUCUUUCCGAGCUUGACGAAACUGCAUUUAGCUUUCAAUAACCUCGAAGGUGGGAUACCGGCGAGCUUCGAUGGGUCUCUAAUACAGUCUCUGUGGCUGAAUGGGCAGACAACGAAGCUCAACGGAAGCAUUCAGGUUCUACAGAAUAUGACCUCCCUCACGGAGGUGUGGCUGCACUCAAACGCUUUUACAGGGCCCUUGCCGGACGUUUCUGGGUUAGAAAACUUACAGAGCUUCAGUGUUAGGGACAACCAGUUAACGGGUCCUGUUCCAGAUUCUUUGGUGUCUCUUCCAUCGCUGAAGAGUGUGAAUUUAACGAAUAAUUGGCUUCAAGGGCCUACACCAAAGUUCCCAAGUUCUGUUUCGGUGGAUAUGGCUGGUCUGAACGGCUUCUGCUUGCUCACUCCAGGAGCUGCUUGUGAUUCCCGUGUGAAUGUUUUGCUCUCAAUUGCAAAAGAUAUGGAUUACCCACUGAAGUUUGCUCAAAAUUGGAUUGGGAACAAUCCAUGCGCAUCAUGGAUCGGGAUUUCAUGUAUCAGCGGUAACAUCUCUGUCAUUAAUUUUCAGAAAAUGGAUCUUACCGGUACGAUCUCUCCCGACUUCUCUAAACUUCAAUCGUUGCAAAAAUUGAUUCUUGCGGGUAAUAAGCUCACCGGUGCCAUUCCGGAGGAGCUGACAACUCUGCUUAGUCUUACUGAACUUGAUGUGUCAAACAAUCAGCUUUCUGGGCAAGUCCCAAAAUUUAGAAGCAAUAUUGUUGUAAACACAAAUGGUAACCCAAACAUCGGGAAAGACAUUUCUCCAACCUCAGGUGGGGGUUCUUCUGGCACAUCAACUGUGGUUGAUAGUGGAAAUGGAACAAGUAGCAGAGGGAGUCCAAACAGUAAAUCUUCAGAUUCUGUUGGGAUUAUAGUGGGUUCAGUAAUUGCUGGUAUCUUUCUGGUUUUCUUGGCUGGGCUGUUGGGCUUUUGUCUUCACCGAAGAAAGCAAAAACGGUUGGGUAGGGUCCAGAGUCCCAAUGAAAUGGUGGUGCAUCCUCGCCAUUCUGGCUCUGACCCUGAGAUAUUGAAGAUCACAGUUGCUGGACCAAGUGCAAAUGGUGUGGCCUCAAGUGAAAGCUAUAGCCGGACAAGCAGUGGACCGAGUGACAUUCAUAUGGUUGACACAGGAAACAUGGUGAUUUCCAUUCAAGUCCUAAGGAAUGUGACUAACAAUUUUAGUGAACAGAACAUAUUGGGACGAGGAGGUUUCGGGACAGUGUACAAAGGUGAAUUGCAUGAUGGUACAAAGAUUGCAGUGAAGAGAAUGGACUCUGGUGUAUUGACUGAGAAGGGACUGAUAGAAUUCAAGUCUGAGAUUGCUGUUCUUACCAAGGUCCGACACCGUCAUCUUGUUGCUCUUCUUGGGUAUUGUUUGGAUGGAAAUGAGAGGCUUCUUGUGUACGAGUACAUGCCUCAGGGGACUCUGAGCCGGCAUCUUUUCAAUUGGAAAGAAGAAGGGCUGAUGCCACUAGAGUGGACAAAAAGAUUGAGCAUUGCCCUGGAUGUGGCUAGGGGUGUUGAGUAUCUUCAUAGUUUAGCCCAUCAAAGCUUUAUUCACAGGGACCUAAAGCCUUCAAACAUUCUUCUAGGAGAUGAUAUGAGGGCUAAGGUAGCAGAUUUUGGUCUUGUUCGUCUUGCUCCUGAAGGGAAGACUUCUAUUGAGACAAGAGUCGCAGGAACCUUUGGGUAUCUUGCUCCAGAAUAUGCAGCGAUGGGGCGAGUAACUACCAAGGUCGAUGUCUUCAGUUUUGGUGUGAUAUUGAUGGAGCUUAUCACAGGGAGGAAGGCUCUUGAUGGAACCCAGCCUGAAGAAAGCAUGCACCUAGUAACUUGGUUUAGGAGAAUGCACAUCAACAAGGAUACAUUCCGCAAGGCCAUAGACCCUACAAUGGACCUCAACGAGGAGACCCUUGCCAGUGUAAGCACUGUUGCUGAGUUGGCCAUGCACUGUUCUGCAAGGGAGCCAUAUCAAAGACCAGACAUGGGCCAUGCUGUCAAUGUGCUAUCAUCUCUAGCAGAGUUAUGGAAGCCAUCGAACCCUGACUCGGAGGACAUGUAUGGCAUCGACCUUGACAUGACCCUACCACAGGCGCUUAAGAAGUGGCAGGCAUUCGAGGGAAGCAGUCACAUGGACACAUCAUCAUACCUUGCCAGCAUGGAUAACACACAGACCAGCAUACCCAACCGGCCUAAUGGAUUUGCAGAUUCAUUUACAUCUGCCGAUGGAAGGUGAGGGAAGAAAGAUGGACAUUUAAAUUUUGGGUUCAUUACCUAGAGAAAAAUAUUGGGUUAAUGGUGGUUGUGACUCAUGAAUCAUGUGAGCUCUGCUUUGUUCAUUCCAUUUGCUUCUCCUCUGCUUUCGCAUCUUCUUGUAAGGGUUUGUUCUUUCCUUUAUUCUCUUUUUCAUGUUUAAUGGGUCCCUGUUGGGAUGUUACCAUCUGGAAUUUGGAGUUUGGACAAUCUUUUUAGUUAAAGUUUUCUUUUGGGGAGAGGAGCGUAUGAGGUG